GUGGGGAGGCUUUAAUGCCUGGAGACAAGGCAGAAGAUGCCGAUGAUACGGUCGUUGCGGCAGUCGAGGAGGUGCCGUCGGAGAAAAAGAAGCCACGCAAGCGUGGCAAGAAGGGUGGAAAGAGGGCGAAGAAGCCGGCGAAGGUUAGCCAGGGGGGGCGCUCACCGCUUGAGAAGUCCUCUGUCGCACUGCUUUUUGCCCUUCUUGUCUUCUUGGGUGGUGCUUGGAUUUUUGUCUAGAUUAAGGCUUGACCUCCUUCAAAAGAGGAUAUUUGCUGCGGCGUUAGUCUCUUUUCGCAAAGCUAUAUAAUGAAGGAUAAUUGGUAGAUCUGAAACUAGAGCUAACAUCACGGGCCGG